GACUGUGACGAUGACAACUGGAUCAUCCGUGCGUAUUUUGAGCCGAAUAAAAACGGUUGCAAACGUAUCUGGUGGGGAGGAUGCGUGACCCAGAACAAGAAUCUCUGGAGCAGCAUGGCAGAAUGUCAACGUGCUUGUGCUCACAGGAUUGAAACACCGCCGCCGCCGGUCCCGCAGGAGACGCAAAAGCGAGCUCUUGAAAUGACAACGUCAAGCAAGGGGAUAACUACCUACCCCAUGUCUAGUAUGUCUCUCUUCGCUGCCGAUGCUCCGCUGACACCUCCUAGAGCUAAUAGUGAUUCAUUUACUGUGGUCUACCCUCAUCAAGCCACAUUUAGCUUACCGCUUAAUCUCAAGAAAAGUUCAACUGUACCUUGGUUUCAGCUUCGAGUCACUGCCACUGUUAUGACAAGAAGGAUCAUUUCAAAGCAACCACGUGUUCAUUUCACUUUCGCUAGCACUUCCAAUGCAGCUGCCACCGCCACCUCUGCACCUCCCACUGUAACCAGCACUCCACUAACUACCGUAACACGUAGCACUCGUACAGCUGCUUCAGCUCCUAACGACGCUCCAGAAGAAACACGGCUCCGACGGUUGUCGAGCGGCAGUCCUGCCGGCCAGCUGGCUUUUCGCUCGGAUUUGAACCAACAGCUAGCCAACGAAAAGCGACGUCUGGAGAAUCGCGCCGAUCUCGCCUACAGUAGCCUCUUUAACCAUCCGGUUACUGUUGCGUGUAUGUUUCUGACAAUAUUUUUCAUGGUUUGA